AUGACUCCAGGCCAGCAAUCAGUUGAACACACAGACUUAGGUGUGAAUGGAAUGCAGCUUUUGGGACUGGUAAAUGGAGAACCGUGCAAACAGAGUUUGGGUUUAGAUUUAAAAGAACGUGGGAUUUAUCUGCAAGAGAACAUGAAUUUGGCAGAACAUGCUCAAUACAGCCAUAACACUUCGUUGGAUCUCCCUAACUGGACAAAGAAUUUCCUGGUUGAUUCCUCUCAACCAUCAAGGACUAAGACUACCAAGCAGAAACUGACUUCCAGUGAAGUUCAAUCAAAUAAUGAAUGGAAAAGUAACAGUUCGAAAGAAUCCAGAACAGAUAAUAAAUUGGAGGCAGAGCUUGGGAGAAAGCAAGACAGUGAAGAAUACCCAGGACAGAAUUUCCCUGACUCCUCUGAAUUGCAGAUGAAAGUGGACUUCUUCCGUAAAUUGGGUUACUCAGCAGAACAGAUUCAUACGGUUUUCCAAAAGAUGGACAAUAAUGCCGAUACCAACACCAUACUCGGAGAGCUAGUGAAGGCACAAGGCACUGUGGAAAAGGAACAUACACCAGAGGAAGUGCCAGGACACAUCCUGGUGCCUCGUGGAGGUCCUUCAGUCAAAGUCCCAGCUGGUGGACCAGUGACUGAAGACCAGGAGCAGGAAGUCAACUUGCGACCAAUUGUUAUUGAUGGCAGCAAUGUUGCUAUGAGUCAUGGGAAUAAAGAGGUAUUUUCCUGCCAUGGCAUUCUGCUGGCUGUGAACUGGUUCCUGGAAAGAGGUCAUAAAGAUAUCACUGCAUUUGUCCCAUCUUGGAGGAAGGAGCAGCCAAGACCCGAUGUGCCAAUCACAGACCAACACAUCCUUCGAGAACUUGAAAAGAAAAAGAUACUUGUCUUCACGCCAUCGCGGCGAGUUGGUGGGAAAAGGAUCGUCUGUUACGAUGAUCGUUUUAUUGUCAAGCUGGCAUAUGAGACGGAUGGUAUCAUUGUUUCAAAUGAUACCUACCGGGACCUGCAGAAUGAAAAACCUGAGUGGAAGAAGUUCAUUGAAGAGCGUCUGCUGAUGUACUCAUUUGUGAAUGACAAGUUCAUGCCCCCUGAUGACCCCCUUGGGCGCCAUGGGCCAAGUUUAGAUAAUUUCCUACGGAUCAAGCCUGUAAUACCAGAGCAUAAGCGACAACACUGCCCCUACGGUAAAAAAUGUACUUAUGGCAUCAAGUGUAAAUUCUAUCACCCAGAGCGAAUUAACCAGCCCCAACGGUCAUUAGCAGAUGAGCUCCGUGCUACAGCUAGGUCGUCUCCAACUAAGAGCCUCAACUCUGCAAACCCACACAAAGAAGAGAAAAAGGCAAGUGUGCAGAAGUGGCUGACAUAUACUGAAACUGGUCCUGCUACUUUUAAUCAAGGUGACAAUACCUCCGGGAAGAGACUCAGCCCAGACAGGCAAUACUCAGCACAGGUUGCAAAUCCACCUGACAGCAGUGCAAUGUUAAAAGUAAUUGCACAAACCAAGCGAUCAUCAAAAACAAACGCUGAAUGGUUUAACCAUGCAGCCUUUGACAACUCCUUGACCAAUUCAGUGUGUUCAAACUCACACAAAAGUUACGAUGAAGGCUUUGUGUCAUUUGAGAAAGAAUUCUCUGACAUCUGGCCUUGUAGAUCUCAGAGUCACAGUGAGCCAUACUCUGUAAACAGUGGACAGUAUUAUUUGCCUACCCACAGUUUAGACCAUCAUCAAUACAGCUAUCAUUCCCAUGAUUCAAUGCCAUCAAUCGGAGCUUGUGGUUACCCUCCUCAAAACCCAUCCAGUAGCUCACAGUGCUGCAUGGCCAUGGGCAGAAUGUCAAUCCAGCCGCAGUUCAGCCUGCCAAGUGACUUUAAUUCGCCAGGCUCCCAAAGACCACGAAGCUGUUGGCCUGACCCACACCAGAACAACAGGCCAAGCAGUCUUCCAGAUCCUCGUGGGUGGGCAGUGAAAAGAUGUGACCCCCAGCUCAUGGAUCCCUACUGGAAAAAUAGCCAAUGGCCAUCACACGACCAUCGUGCAGAAGAACGGGAGACUGCCCGCAUGAAACUGUGCGCCAUCUUCCAACCGCACCUCGUGGAUACUGUUAUGAAACAAUACCCACACCUUUUAGAUCCACAGGAGUUAGCUGCCACAAUUCUAGCUUAUAAAUCUGAAAACUCUAAUAUUUAAGGUACUACAUCACAAAGAGUUCACUCGUGUAUCCAAACAAAUUGCUUACCAUUAAUGUGGUAAUUAAUCUCAAUCAAAUAGAUUGUAAUUACAGAUUUUACUUGCAUUAAUGUAUGACAUUUAUAGACAUAUUCCUAGAAAUCCUUGUUAAUUGAAUUGGUUUUACUGCAGUGUCUGUGGAAAACAGUCCAGUCAAAAUAUUUUAAACCUAAUUUUUUUUAAUCAAUGCAGAAUGUGACUCUUGCAUUACAAUCUCAUUUUAUUGUAGGUGAUAUGAUAAGACUAAUUUUAUGUAAGCAUAUUUUUUAAAUGCACAAGCUGAAUAUAACUUUGGAUAAGCAGCUGGGGUAUUCUCUACAUUUAGUUUUAAUGAUUUGUACUAUAAUCUGUAAAUAUUGUACAUACUGUAAUCAUCCUUCACUGUACAUAUUGUAAUCCAUGCUGUAAUUGGUUUAUGUUAUAUAUAUUUCAAUCAAUAUAUGUUGUACAAUGUAUAUGUUAAACUGUACAUAUUGUAACACAUGUACUGUACAUAUUGAAUUCCAUACAUUUCAUGUCACAGUUGUUGACUCCUGUAUAGUGGUGUCCUCACAAAUGAUACUUACUUUUGUGAGAUGGGUGUUUAUAUCUAUUUUGGCGGCACUGCUGUGCUUGAGGAGGUGCAGAACCUGUAAAUUUUUCUGCACAUGUAUGUGAACUCAGUGGAAACAAAUUGUAAAAAAGGAAUUGCCUUGUGGGCCUUGUAUAAAACUACAGUUUUGUUAUCAAUUAUUGUUAUUGAACCAGUAGCAUCACUGAGCCCACAAGCUGGUUAUGUUGAUACAUAUUGUAUCUUUGCUAAGUUGUCGCUUUGAUUGUGUCAUAGAAAAGAUUUGUUUCAGUGGUGAAUGCAGAUGGCUCAUUUCAAUAAUGAAAAUUAACUUAAUGUCACUGUUUGAAGUAGAAUCAGCCAUUAAAUUUGUUACACGUUUAGGAGCAGCUUGUUAGCUAAAUGAAACUUUCAAUUUGAUUAGUCUUUGCAAGGCAGGAUGUGUACCUUUGGAAGAAGAACGGAUCUUUAAUAAUGCAAGUGCUUUCUUAAUUGGCUGUUUUAACUUGCAGAAAACAGAGGUGUUUGUUGCAGGAAAUGAAGGGUGGAAAGGAGGCUGCAAACUUGCUUCUAAACUGUGCUUAAAUCUAUUUUGGGAAUGAUUCUCAAUGUCAGUAGGCCUGACAUCAUUGAAAUCAAUGAGCACCAAUUCAACCAUCUUACCAAAAAUAAAGUUUAGUGUUUCAGGUUUUAACUGCAAACUGGUUUGCCCAUUCGAUGUCUUUUGCAAAUGAUUUAAACUUACAGUGCCCACAGUCAGAUUGCUCUCAAACUAUUUAUCUAUAUCCAAUGACUGAAUAUUAUUCAUGGAGUCAAUUCUGCACUGACCACUGAAUGGUAGUUGAAAUUGGCUGUAUUGGCACCAUGUGCCAGUCUACAGGCUGUCGGGAUUGCUAACUUGGUGUACUGGACUCCUCCGAGAGGCACCUGGAAAAAAUCAGAACUACAAAAUCAUUUGUAAUGGUUUUGUUCUAGUUAAGCAAACUGCUUAUAUUAAAAACAAACUAUGAUAAGAUAUUGUAUUAUUUGACUUUUUAUAAAACCUGUUUCUCUUUGUGUUAAAUAAACUAUCAGGUAUGAGCUUGUGUUUGAAGCUGAACUAUAUAGCAUGAAUGCUUUAAAGCGACAAAAUAUCCUGGUGAAGUUUUUUUUUUCAAAAUUAUUGAAUUGCAGAGACACAGCCAUGUGAGGUGAGAUUUCAUUCCCCUGCAUAUUGGACACAAGAGAAAAUCUUCCUAGUUUUCUGAUGAUAAGGUGGCAGCAUUACCUCGCCCACCAAUGAACAAUACAAACUUGUUCAUAUACUGACAAGUGUAAUCAGGCCUGCUGUUAUGAACAAUAGUGUGGAAUUUGGAAAUUUUCUGUUUCCAGAAUUGAACAUCGUUGGAUCUGAGCCAAAACCUUACUUUUCCCUCUCAGUUGUCCUGCUGCUGCAUGGGUUUCCAAGGUCUGUGGAUGACAGUGACUUCCAGAACUGGAAGGCAAUGUGUUCGCCUGCCAGUCGCCAUUUACAGACCCCCUGUGUGGCUGUGCAGCUUAGAGGGAACAUUGGCCCCAACCCUUUCAAUCCUCCACUAUAACAAGGACUUUGUAUCCUGUUUAUAAGCAUAUGUUGCCCAAUAUCAAAUAAAUUAGGACAUGCCCAUGACAAUACAUUUUGGAAGUGAGAUCCUGGCAGGAGUAAAUCUAGGGGAGAAUCAUAGAAUUCCUACAGUGUGGAAACAGGCCCUUCAGUCCAAUGAAUCCACACCAACCCUCAGAGCAUCCUAUCCAGACCCAUUCCCCAAACCCACCUUAUCUACACAUCACUGAAUAUUACAGGCAAUUUAGCUUCUUUAGCAAUCAAACCACCAUUUUGUUAAUUUCAAAACCUAGCAAAGUACCUUGCAGGAGAACAAUACUCUCAGCAUAUAAUCAUGUUAGGUAACCAAUAAUUCCAUAAUUGUUAAAGCAGGAGAAUCUGUACUUGAAAUAUUUCUGUAAACUAGAGGUCAGGGAAGAUCCAUGAAGAGUAUUACCUGUGUCUUGUGCUCAUUUUAUUUUUCUUUAUGGUUUCUAAAAUGCUUUCCUAUAUUUUCUGAGUUAUAACCUUUUGUUGCAGACUUUUUUGUCCUGUUUAGAGAAGAAAAAAAAAGCUGUAGAUGAGGAAAAAAAUUGUAAACCUAUUAAAAAACAAUA